UAGAACUUGGUUCGCUUCGGAGAAUUUGGGGAAGAAACCAAGACGGCGACCUGAAAAUCACAGAGGACAGAGAGCUCGGCGGCCUUGUUGAAGAGACCAUGUCGCCGUUUAGUGAAGGUUUCUUGCCUUGCCUUCAAGCAUAUAUGGCCGCAGGCGCACGCCAAAGCCACCAUUGAAGACCUAGAUUCGUCGUUACUGACCUUCAUCUCUCUUUCUGCACAUACAGGUGUGCUUUUGAUCUGAAAACGAAAAAAAAAAAAGAUGACGAAGAAGAUGACAGUGACCCUGCUUGCUCUCGUUCUGCUAUUCGGGUUAACAAUGGCGGAAAACAAUCCAGGAGUCGCAAUGGAUUAUAUGAGGUUUAAAGAUCCAAAGCAGCCAUUGAACAGACGCAUUAAUCACUUACUGAAUCGAAUGACUCUACUCGAGAAAGUGGGUCAGAUGGUGCAACUCGAACGCCAAGCCGCUACGCCGGAAAUCAUGAGCAACUGCUCUAUCGGCAGCCUGCUGAGCGGCGGAGGCAGCGCACCUCGAGACCGAGCUACACCUCGAGACUGGAUCGACAUGUUCAACUCUUUUCAAAACGGCUCACUCUCCAGUCGUUUAGGGAUCCCCUUGAUUUAUGGCAUUGAUGCUGUUCAUGGUCAUAAUAAUGUUUAUAAAGCCACCAUUUUUCCUCAUAAUGUCGGACUCGGUGCCACCAGGGAUCCUGAGCUGGUGAAGAGGAUUGGAGCGGCGACGGCGCGUGAGGUUAGAGGAACUGGGCUUAAUUACGCUUUUGCCCCUUGCAUUGCGGUUUGUAGAGACCCAAGAUGGGGAAGAUGCUACGAGAGUUACAGUGAAGAUCCUAAAAUUGUAAAAGCCAUGACUGAGCUUAUACCUGGAUUACAAGGUGACCUCCCUGCAAAUUCUCCCAAGGGCGUUCCUUAUGUUGGAGGACGGGAUAAAGUUGCCGCUUGUGCAAAGCAUUUUGUGGGUGAUGGUGGCACCAUAAGGGGCAUUGAUGAGAAUAACACUGUAAUAGACUUGCAUGAUCUUUUGACCAUACACAUGCCACCUUACUAUCACUCCAUCAUCAAGGGUGUUUCCACUGUCAUGGUUUCUUAUUCCAGCUUGAAUGGCAAGAAGAUGCAUGCCAACCAUGCUCUCAUCACCAAUUUCCUCAAGAACACUCUUAAAUUUAGGGGUUUUGUUAUCUCUGAUUGGCUGGGUAUUGACAAGAUCAAUUACCCAGAGCAUUCAAACUUUUCCAAUUCAGUCAUGCUUGGUAUUCAUGCUGGAAUUGAUAUGGUCAUGACUAACAACCAUACUGAGUUGAUUGAUACUUUAAGAAAGCUUGUUGAGGAUAAACUCAUUCCUAUGAGCCGUAUUGAUGAUGCUGUUAGAAGAAUCUUGAGAGUUAAAUUCACAAUGGGUUUGUUUGAGAAACCAUUGGCUGAUGAAACUUAUGUAGAUCAAAUUGGAAGUCAGGCUCAUAGAGACUUGGCAAGAGAAGCAGUUAGGAAAUCACUUGUUCUACUUAAGAAUGGGAAAAAUGCAAAUGAACCUGUGCUGCCAUUGCCCAAGAAUGCAUCGAGAAUCCUUGUUGCAGGAACUCAUGCCAACAAUUUGGGCAAUCAAUGUGGAGGAUGGACCAUCACCUGGCAAGGUCUUAGUGGCAACAACCUCACUAUAGGAACCACCAUCCUAAACGGUAUCUCAUCAGCCGUAGACCCAAGUACAGAAACCACAUACAACGAGAACCCAGAUCCAGAUUUUGUCAAAUCCAACAACUUCUCCUACGCCAUUAUUGUGGUGGGUGAGUUACCUUACACAGAAUGGUAUGGAGACAACACCAACUUGACCAUACCAGAGCCAGGUGGUCGCACCAUCAGCACCGUCUGCAGCCAAGUGAAGUGCGUGGUUCUGAUCGUGUCCGGUCGGCCACUGGUGGUGCAGCCUUAUAUGGACCAUAUUGACGCACUUGUCGCCGCUUGGUUACCAGGGACCGAAGGCCAAGGAGUCUCUGAUGUUCUAUUUGGAGACUACGGGUUCGCCGGAAAGUUGCCUCGGACUUGGUUCAAGACUGUUGAUCAGUUGCCUAUGAAUGUUGGUGACGCUCGUUAUGAUCCUCUUUUUCCCUUUGGAUUUGGACUCACCACCCAGCCUAUCGCUAAUACCACCAUGUCUUAG